CGUUGGUCUGGGACGGAGGCGGAGGCUGGGGGCUCCUUGUCGCUGGGGGGGCCUCCCCCCCAUCCCCAAGGUUUCAGCCCUCGACCCACACAAGAGGAGCCUCUCCACUCAGCUUUGCCUUCUGCUAUCCACGGGGCCCCUCAGACUAGAAACUGGCCCGGUCCACUGCGCCCCGGACUUACAGCCCUCAACCCCCUGGGGUACCCCCUUUCUGAGCUGAAGGGCACUUGCUGCCCCACCUUCCCCUCAGCCUUUUGUUACCGCCUGCACAACAGUUCCAGCCUGAGAAGGACCAUGAAGGUGGGCUGGCCAGGUGAGAGCCGCUGGGAGGUGGGCCUCGCUGUAGAAGAUGGCCCAGCUCUGGGAGCACCAGCAGUGGGGGGGCUUCCAGAUUUGGUGCCAGAGGGGACGCUGUUCAACAUGGUGCUGAGGAGGAUGCACCGGCCCAGAAGCUGCUCCUACCAGCUGCUGCUUGAGCACCAGCGCCCCAGUCGCAUCCAGGGGCUUCGCUGGACGCCCCUCACUAGCAGUGAGGAGUCCCUGGAUUUCAGCGGGAGCCUAGAGCAGACCUCCACUGAGCGCUUGCUCAGGACUGGGAGGCAGCUGUAUCGGCAUCUGCUGGCCGCUUGCCCAAACCUCAUCCGAGACAGAAAGUACCACCUCAGGCUCUAUCGGCAGUGCUGCUCUGGCCGGGAGCUGGUCGAUGGGAUCUUGGCCCUGGGGCUUGGGGUCCAUUCCCGGAGCCAAGCCGUGGGAAUCUGCCAGGUGCUGCUGGAUGAGGGUGCCCUCUACCACGUGAAACACAACUGGACCUUCCAGGACCGAGACACCCAAUUCUAUCGCUUCCCCGGGCCGCAGCCAGAGCCCGUGGGCGUUCAUGAGAUGGAGGAGGAGUUGGUUGAAGCUGUGGCCCUGCUCUCCCAGCGGGGGCCUGAUGCCCUACUCACGGUAGCACUUCGGAAGCUCCCAGGCCAGCGCACAGACGAGGAGCUGGACCUCAUCUUUGAGGAGCUGCUGCACAUCAAGGCGGUGGCCCACCUCUCCAACUCGGUGAAGCGGGAACUAGCAGCAGUUCUGCUCUUUGAACCACACAGCAAGGCAGGGACCGUGUUGUUCAGCCAGGGGGACAAAGGCACCUCGUGGUACAUUAUCUGGAAGGGCUCUGUCAACGUGGUGACCCACGGCAAGGGGCUGGUGACCACCCUGCAUGAGGGAGAUGACUUCGGGCAGCUGGCUCUGGUGAACGACGCACCCCGGGCGGCCACCAUCAUCCUUCGAGAAGACAAUUGUCAUUUUCUCCGGGUGGACAAGCAGGACUUCAACCGUAUAAUCAAGGACGUGGAAGCGAAGACCAUGAGGCUGGAAGAGCAUGGCAAAGUGGUGCUGGUCAUGGAGAGGACAUCUCAGAGUGCUGGCCCUUCUCGUCCCUCUCCCCCAGGCAGGAACCGGUACACGGUGAUGUCUGGCACCCCGGAAAAGAUCCUAGAACUGCUGUUAGAGGCCAUGAGGCCUGAUUCAAGUGCUCAUGACCCAACAGAGACAUUCCUCAGCGACUUCCUCCUGACCUACAGCGUCUUCAUGUCCAGCACUCAGCUCUGCACUGCCCUGUUGCACCAUUUCCACGCGGAGCCCACUGGUAGCAGCGAGCAGGAGCGCAACACCUACAUCUGCAACAAGAGGCAGCAGAUUCUGCGACUGGUUAGCCAGUGGGUGGCUCUGUACGGCCCCACGCUCCACACUGACCCUGUGGCCACCAGCUUCCUCCAGAAACUCUCGGACCUGGUGAGCAGGGACGGCCGGCUCAGCCACCUGCUGCGGGAGCAGUGGCCGGAGAGGCGGCGACACCACAGGUUGGAAAAUGGCUGUGGGAACGCAUCUCCUCAGAUGAAGGCCCGGAAUGUGCCUAGUUGGCUCCCCAGUCAGGACGAGCCCCUCCCCAGCAGCGCCUGUGCCAUUCGAGUUGGGGACAAAGUCCCCUACAACAUCUGCCGAUCAGACCACUCAGUGCUGACCCUGCAGCUGCCUGUGACAGCCACAGUGAGAGAGGUGAUGGCCGCACUGGCGCAGGAAGAUGGCUGGACCAAGGGGCAGGUGUUGGUGAAGGUCAACUCCGCAGGUGAUGCCGUUGGACUGCAGCCAGAAGCUCGGGGUGUGGCCACAUCCCUGGGACUCAACGAGCGGCUCUUUGUUGUCAAUGCACAGGAAGUACAGGAGCUGACCCCCCACCCUGAACAGCUGGGGCCCACUGUGGGCUCUGCUGAGGGGCUGGACCUGGUGAGCGCCAAGGACCUGGCUGUCCAGCUGACCGAGCACGACUGGAGCCUCUUCAACAGUAUCCAUCAGGUGGAACUGAUCCACUAUGUGCUGGGCCCCCAGCACCUGCGGGAUGUCACUACUGCCAAUCUGGAGCGCUUCCUGCGCCGCUUCAAUGAGCUGCAGUACUGGGUGGCUACAGAGCUGUGUCUCUGCCCUGAGCCAGGGCCCAGGGCCCAGCUGCUCAGGAAGUUCAUCAAGCUGGCGGCCCACCUCAAGGAGCAAAGGAACCUCAACUCCUUCUUUGCCAUCAUGUUUGGCCUCAGCAACUCAGCCAUCAGCCGCCUGGGCCACACCUGGGAGAGGCUGCCUCACAAAGUCCGGAAGCUGUACUCAGUUCUGGAGAGGCUGCUGGACCCCUCCUGGAACCACCGUGUGUAUCGAAUGGCCCUCACCAAGCUCUCCCCUCCCAUCAUCCCCUUCAUGCCCCUUCUUCUCAAAGACAUGACCUUCAUCCAUGAGGGGAACCACACGCUGGUGGAGAAUCUCAUCAACUUUGAGAAGAUGAGGAUGAUGGCCAGAGCCGCGCGGACGCUGCACCACUGCCGGAGCCACAGUGCGGUGCCUCUCUCGCCGCUCAGAAGCCGCGUGUCCCACCUGCACGAGGACAGCCAAGCCGCGAGGACGUCCACAUGUGAGUGGGGCGGGGUGGCGCGGCCUCCGUGCUGCCAGCUCUUCACACCCCGAGGUAGGUGGAGUGUCAUCCGAGGGUCAGCAGGCGCAGACAGGCCCAAGGGACUCUCGGAAGGCCACAUGUUUAGUGACUGAGGCAAGUAGAAGGGGUUAGUGGGCUCGAGCACUUUCUACAGACCUGCGUUCCUUUGACGGACUUCAGUGGCAUGAAAUGGGAUUGAUUUCACCCGCAGUCCAUACCACACUGUCGUCAUUGCCCUUUUAUUUAUACAUUUCUUUAUUUAUUCGAAUGAUAUUGUGCACACCUGUGGCUCCAUCCUAAGUAUAAUACUAUAUCCCCUACAGUGGUGUCCCCCUUGCAAACAAGAUAGUAACCACUAUCUUGAACAAUGGGUUACUUACUGUCUUUUUAAAAAAGUUUUAUCAUAUAUACAAACACAAUUACUUACAUAUGUCUUUAAAGUGCCUCCUAUAUAUAAUUACAGCAAAAUACUCUUGAGGUUUAGCUGUUUAUACACUUAGCAAAAGGGGUGUUAUGCUGUUUGUAAUCUUGGGGACCUGUCUUUUUAGUCUGCUCUUUUCCACAGUGCUGUUCUGUCCUGCUCAGUGGGGUUGGGCACUGUGCUCCUGGGGGCGAGGGCAGGAAGGCAGGUGUAGGGGGAGGGGCCCUACAGAGCAGUGUCACGCCCCUCACCACUCUCCUUUUCAGGCUCGGAGCAGUCCCUGGGUACCCGGAGUCCGGCCAGCAGCUGGGCGUGUGUCCAGCAGCUG